GGGGGAGGAUCACGUGCUAAAAUAUUUUAUUUAUUUUAAUAUUUUCUUCAUUUUCCUGUUUGAGUUUUCUCCUUUUCUCUGUGUUUCUUUUUGAAAAUGAGUUCUGAUUUUUAUUUGAGGUAUUAUACUGGCCAUAAAGGAAAGUUUGGACACGAGUUUUUGGAAUUUGAAUUUCGACCAGAUGGAAGAUUAAGAUAUGCUAACAACUCUAAUUAUAAGAACGACCAAAUGAUUAGGAAGGAAGUAACAACUAACAGCAUAGUGAUAGAUGAGUUAAAGAGAAUAGUGGAGGAUUCAGAUAUAUUGUCUGAAGAUGACAAGUUAUGGCCAUCACCCGACAGAGUAGGUCGUCAGGAGUUAGAAAUAGUUUGUGGCGACCAACACAUCUCGUUCACAACAACUAAGAUUGGCUCCCUACUCGACUGUAAAAACAGCAGAGAUGAAGAUGGUUUGAGGACCUUCUACUACUUAGUUCAAGACUUAAAGUGUCUUGUCUUCAGUUUAAUAAGCCUCCACUUCAAGAUUAAACCAAUUUAAAAGGAACACAGUGUAGACACCCUGUACUUCUACAUGAUAUUUUGUCAUAUUUGUCGAUUAUAAAAGUGAUGAGGAAUGAAUUUUGUCUAACCAUU